AUGAGUAGUAAGCCGAGUGAGAAGACGAGCAAAGCAGCAGCAGCAGCAGCUUCAGUCCCUACGACAGGUGAGAAGGUACCGACGCUUGUGGUAGUAACGGAAGAGGAUGAUGAAUUUGAAGAGUUUGAAGAUGCAGACUGGAAUGGACAAGCAGAGGAGAAGGAUGAGCACAUUAAACAGCAAUGGCAGGAUGACUGGGAUGUGGACGAGGCGGACGACGAGUUUUGCAACCAAUUGCGGAAGGAGCUACAGAAAAACAAGUAG